AUGGCGCGACAGGUCGGGGGCAGGUUGCAGGAGGUGCGAGGCAAGAUCGAGGCGCUUGCUCGGGAGCUGAACAAGGAGAUGGCGCGACUUGUUGCUGUGAGCAAGCUGAUGCCCAACGAGGCCAUCAUGGAGGCCUACGAGGCCGACCAGCGACACUUUGGUGAAAACUAUGUCCAGGAGAUUUGCGAGAAGGCUCCGCAGCUCCCUUCGGACAUCAAAUGGCAUUUCAUUGGCCACUUGCAGUCGAACAAGGCCAAGAUGCUCGUGCAAGGUGUUCCAAACCUCUUCAUGGUGGAGAGUGUGGAUAGCUCGAAGCUCGCAAACCAGCUGGACAAAGCUUGUGAUGCAGUGAAGAGAGACUUGCUGCAGGUGAUGCUUCAGGUCAACACCAGCAAAGAGGAGUCGAAGUCAGGAUGCGAGGCAGAGGAAGCAGCAGCGAUCGCUAGCCACAUCGUGAACAACUGCAAGCGCCUGAAACUUGCCGGACUGAUGACGAUCGGGAAGCUGGGAGACCCGAACCCGGAGCCUUACUUCAAGAAGCUUGUCGAGUGCCGUAGCAUGAUCGCCAAGGAGCUCGGAGUCGAGGAGUCUUCUCUCCUUCUGAGCAUGGGGAUGAGCGGAGACUACGAGCUUGCCAUCCGCAUGGGCAGCAAUAACGUGAGAGUCGGUUCGACCAUCUUCGGAGAGCGACCCCCUAAGGAGAAGUCCGGCGGGGAGCAGGCCAGUCCAGCCGUGAGUGGAGGAGCAGCAGACAAGGCAGCUGGUCAGGAGGGGACCGUGCUCGCGACGGAGGGGUCUUGGUUCCAGCAGACCACGUCCUGGAUCCUUCGACAUCCUCUAUCCGCUGCCUCUUGCCUGGCGCUGGCGGCCACUUGCGCUUAUCAGCUCAGGAGACUCAAGUUGGCCUAG